GCUGCUGCUGCUGCCGGGGCUGGGGCCGUGCCCGGGGCUCAUGCUCUGGGCAGCCGGGCAGGACGCCCCCGAGCCGGACCGGGCCAAGGGCAGGGGGACGCCCUCGGACCAAGUUGAGUACAGAAUCCCAAGGCAAGCCAGGAUUCAGCAGAGAUUGAGGAUGAAGCCCCUGAUGACAGAUCUGGUUGUGAAAUCUACCAUCAUCUCUCGUUAUGCCUUCACCGCCGUCUCCUGUACCAUGCUGAACCGGGCCUCCGAGGACAAGGAAGGAGAAUUUCAGAUGCAGAUCCCGGCCGCGGCCUUCAUCACCAACUUCACCACCAUAAUUGGCGACAGGGUGUAUCAGGGGAAAGUUCUAGAAAAAGAAAAGAAGUCCGGCAACAGGGAUAAAGAGAAGAGCAAUAAAACUUCUACUUCUGACGGUAGUGGGGAAAGAGGCGUCGAGACUUUCCGAGCCUCUGGAAUGAUUCCUGGGAAGAACAAAGCCAUCUUCCUCCUCCAUUACGAAGAGCUCUUGCAAAGACGCCUGGGGAAGUACGAGCAUGUCGUCAGCGUCCGGCCUCAGCAGCUGGUCGGGAGGCUGCGGGUCGAGGUGAACAUUCUGGAGAAGGCCGGGCUCCGGUCUCUGGAGGUGCCACCGCUCCACAAUGGCCGUAAGAAGAGCAAUGGGAAAGAAGGUGGUGACAUGGUCCCACCUCCUUCUACUGUUAUCAACCGAAAUGAAACCUUUGCCCGAAUCACAUUCAAUCCCAGUGUGGUCCAGCAAACUAAGAUUUCUCAGAAUGGCAUUCUGGGAGAUUUCAUCAUCCGAUACGAUGUCAACAGGGAGCAGAGUAUUGGAGACAUUCAGGUCCUGAAUGGCUACUUUGUGCACUAUUUUGCCCCCAAGGACCUCCCUCCUCUGCCCAAGAAUGUGGUGUUCGUGCUGGACAGCAGCGCCUCCAUGGUGGGAGCCAAACUCAAGCAGACCAAAGAAGCCCUCUUCACCAUCCUCCAUGACCUGCGGCCCGAGGAUAACUUCAACAUCGUUGGGUUUUCCAGCCGAAUCAAAGUGUGGAAGGACCAGCUGGUGCCUGUCACCCCCAACAGCAUCAGGGAUGGCAAAGUCUACAUCCACCACAUGUCCCCCAGUGGAGGCACCAACAUCAACGGGGCCCUCCAGACAGGAAUCCGAUUGCUCAAUGACUUCGUGGCCCACAAUGACAUCGACGCCCGGAGCGUGUCCCUGAUCGUCUUCCUGACAGACGGGAGGCCUACCGUGGGGGAGAUCCAGACCCCCAAGAUCCUCAAUAACACCAAGGAGGCUGCCCGGGACCGAGUAUGCCUCUUCACCAUCGGCAUCGGUGAUGACGUGGACUUCAAGCUGCUGGAAAAGCUGUCCCUGGAGAACUGUGGCAUGACCAGGAGGUUCCAGGUGGAGGCCGAUGCAGCAGCCCAGCUGAAAGGGUUCUACGAUGAGAUCGGGACCCCGUUGCUGUCAGAUAUCCGGGUGGAUUAUCCUGCCGGCUCGGUGGAACACGUCACCAAGAAGCUCUUCCCCAAUUACUUCAAUGGGUCAGAAAUAGUAAUUGCCGGAAAACUGGUCGACCCCACCCUGGACACCUUGCACGUGGAGGUCACGGCCAGCAAUGGCAAGAAGUUCGUCAUGCUGACGACGGAUGUGGCUGUGGGGGCCCCGAAGGGGAAUGAAGUUCCCGGGGCGGUGCCCGGCUCCGAGGCCGAGGAUGGCGAGGACCCAAACUACGUCGAGAGGCUCUGGAGUUACCUCACCAUCAAGGAGUUGCUGACGGCCUGGCUGAAGAGCGACAAUGAGCAGGAGAAGGCCGACUUGAUGGAGCGGGCCCGGGCCCUCGCAGUCACUUACCAUUUCCUCACUCCAGUCACCACCAUGAAAGUCAGGGAGACGCCAGCUCAGGCUGGGAAGCGUAAGGAGGCUGGUGGUGACGGCGACUCUGCGGCGACGGGCCCCAGGGAUGUGAUGCAGAGCUUACAUGGGCAGGACGUGCGCCCGGGCCCUGUCCCCAAAGAAAAAGAAGGCCCAAGAAUUCACAUUUCCAAAACUUCAGCGGAUGGAGACCCUCAUUUUGUAGUGGAUUUUCCCCUGAGCAAGCUGACGGUCUGCUUUAACAUCGACGGGCAGCCAGGAGACAUCCUCAGGCUCGUCUCCGACCACCUGGGCUCCGGUGUGACCGUGAACGGGGAGCUGAUCGGAGCCCCGGCCCCUCCCGGGGGCCACAAGAAACAGCGCACCUACUUCAGCACCAUCACCAUCCUCAUCAACAGACCGCGGAGGUGGUACCUGGAAGUCACCCCCAGCAGGAUCGUCUUGGACGGCGGGGACAGGCUGGUCCUCCUUUGUAACCAGAGUGUCGCCGUGGGUGGCUGGGGGCUGGCGGUGUCCGUCUCCGCCAACGCCAACGUCACGGUGACCAUCCAGGACACCAUCACCUUCGUCAUCCUCUUCCACCGUUACAAGAACCCCGCCCCUUACCAAAGGAACCACCUCGGCUUCUACAUCUCUGACGGCCACGGGCUCUCGGCUGGCUGCCACGGGCUGCUAGGUCAGUUCCUGAACCAAGACGCGAAACUCAUCCAGGGGCGGGCCCCCGACCCCGCCAGCCCGCAGGGCGGCCCGGGCCCUGAGCCCAUUCUCCAGGUGAAGGGCCACAGGGUCCCGGUGGUGUGGAAGCAGAGGAAGAUCUACAACGGGGAGGAGCAGGUCGACUGCUGGUUUGCCAAGAACAACGCGGCCAAGCUGAUCGACGGGGAGUAUAAGGAUUACCUGGCAGUCCAACCCUUCGACACCAAGACCGGCUUUGGGGGUGGGGCAGCCGACAACAACCUCUGAGACGUGCAGCCUUGGGGGAAGACAGGUGGCGAGGUGCCCUCGCUCCACCCCAUGGGGUCGCCGCGCCGUGGGUCUUCCUGAUGCUUAACCUGCUGCCGUGUCCCGGCUACUCCCCAGACUUCCCACCUCCCCCAUGUCCCUGGCUGCAGCCCCAAUGAUGUACUAAACAGACAUGUGGGGCAGCAGACUAUAGUGUCCCCCCCCUGCCACCCCCCCCAGCCAGACAGUGGCGAAAUGGACAUAGCCCACCGGAGAACGGGUCUCCAGGGUAGUGAGCACAGCUGAAACCAAAGCCUGAGCACCACCUCCAGUUUGCACCAAGUGCUCAUGUUGGCCUCAAAUGACCGGCAUCUUCAACUCCGUUCCUCGCCUUUCAGCAGUGGCUCCCUGAUCCCGUCCUGGCACCCGACCCCUGACCUGCCCAGGUCCGCUGGGGGCUAGAGGAUGGAAGACUGUUGGUGUUCCAUCCAGAGGAACUGGCUCCUGCUGUAGUACCUCGUUAUAAACAGAUUACUCUGAUUCCACUGAAAAAAUCAUUUAAGAGAAUGGAUCUGGCCUAAUGAGGGAUGCCCCAGCCUCCACCCACCUCAAAGCUGCUCAAAUGGGUUGAGCUCUUGCCCAUUUGUCUCCCCAAAAGGCCCACAUGCAGAUCCACGGUAGAAUGGGGAAAACCUACUGCCUCUAGAUGGAGGCUUAUGCAAAGUCCUGGGCCAGAGUCAGUCGGUCAUAUUUAUUGAGUGCUUACUCUGUGUAGAGCACUGUACUAAGCUCUAGGGAGAAUACAAUAUGACAAGCUCCUGCCCCGAGGGCCGCUACAGAGGGCUCUAAAUUGCCCUCAAGUGGAGGAAUCUUGCUUCCUAACAGGUGGCAAAAGGGUUAACCUGCACAGUUCCAGCAGAGAGCCAGAGAACCGGAAAGUUGCUUUCGCAACCUAAGAUCACUUCCAACAUCUCUUCGCGCCAUAGAGAGGGGUCAGAGGGAGGUUGCGUCUGAGCCUCUCAGACCCUCUCCCCCUGCUCCCAGCUCGGAGCAGGGACCGGUGAAAGCCCAGCGCCUCGUCAAAGAGAACAUGAUACAGUAGUCUCACGCAAAGGGGGAGGGCCUCCUUCCCCAAACAUUUGCUAACUUCCUCUUGCCCCUGCACCUCCUUUCUCUCCUGUAUGGCCGCUGACUGACGGCACCCAAGGGAAGCGGUCGGAGAAGCAGACAGUUGUAAGGCAAGUAGAGUGGGCCAGAACCAAGCAGCAGGGAGCAGGCUGGGCUCUGUCCAAAUGCAUUUCACUGAGUGUCUCCCUUGAUAGAGAAACAGAGAGAGAGAGAUUCCUCCCCCUACCAAGAGCCCCGCCAAAGUGACCCUUCCUUUCAGUGAGAAAACACUCCACACUGAGGGCAGAGGGAGCAGGAGCGAGUGGGUUGAAGGCCCUUCCCCGAGGGAGCAGCUGGGCAGCCCUUGAGCCCUGCAGACUCACGGAGUCUCUCUGUCUCUCUCUCGCCAGCACACGCUCCUGGCAAGGCCGCUUGGGACCGGUUUCUCACCCCACCUUGCUCUCCAGCUCAGGCCCUGCUGGCUCCCAGAACAGGCCAGACAGAACUUCAAUAACUUGCCAAUGGGGACCUGGGAAGUAAUAUGGACUUCAGCUGAACUGACUUUGGACUAGCUGAUGUUUUUAGGAAAGAGGCUCAGAACCUCUGGUUGGCUGAGGAACAGUAGUUGUUGGAACUUUGCAAUAAACUGAUAUUGGACUUCAGGGGGCUGCAUCCCAA